AUGCAUAGACAAGGAUUCUAUACUCAGAGGCAUAUUUUAGAAACUUCUACGUCUGGAGAUUUCCGACUCAACGACAUCGACACUCGAAAUUUUCUGCCCAAGGAACCACUGCCUUACGACAUAGUAGGGGGACUCGGGAGUUAUGGCUUUACCGAGAGCAUGGAAGGCGAUGGAUCGUGGAGGGCAGCUUCCUCAUCGGAGGAGGAGCGUGCGGUACUCGAUGACUCAGACCCUGUCGAUACCCUAGAGAUGAAGGACAAUGUGGGCAUGGAUCCUGAUUAUACUUCGGUUGAACACCCAUCAAAGCUAGACCUUUCACCAGACUACACGCCGGUGGGGGUUAGAGCUUCUCAGUUCCAAGUACGAGCCCGACGAGGACGAGGAGGACAUUUCCAUCUCACCAGAAUCCUCACCACCUUGCCCCACUCCUUCACAUAG